GCGACAACGCGAUCCGUAAUGAAAUGUUUUCUGUUUUGUUAAAAUUUUAAAAUUAUUUAUAAUCCUUUAUUUUUAAUAAUUUUGUGGUUAAAGAUAUUAUCAUGGAUCGAGUCAAGCUCUUACAGUGUAUAAGUGUGAUAUUAUAAAUUAUCCGUAAAACAUACGACGUUUGAUGUUCAGUGGUGAUUUUUUAGCAAGCCAGUUGUUAUGAUUCCUUUUUUUUGACGUCUGACGAGUUAAGCCUAAGAAAACUAUGGAGCCAGCAUCUGGUGAUCAAAUAGAGAAUUAUAUGUACCAAAACUUUAACCAGGAACAAUACAUGCCGACAACUAGCACAUACCAAUGUGGUGAACAAAAUUAUUUUCCACUUAUCAUUCCUCCAAGCAAUGAAAAAAGCCGAAAGCCUAGGACAAAGAAAACAAUAAAAAAGGAAAAGAAAAGUUUUGUUUCAGAGAAAAUAACUGAUACAGACUUUCCAUUCUAUGCAUGCUCGGUCUGUGAUAUUACAUUUUUACUGCAACGUGAACUUGAUUCACAUGUAACUGAACACAAAGAUAGAAUAACAAGUUAUGAUUUGAAAAUCCGCAAUCAGCUCAGGAAAAAAAAGCUAAAGAAGGAGAAGAAAAAGAAGAAGCUAAAAGAGGAAGUAGCAAAUGUGACUAUUGAGAUAAAACCAGAAGAGGGCUAUAUUGGUAGCAAAAAGGCUUCGGAUGUUGCAAAUGAAGAAAAGUUUGUGCCGAACGACAAAAUGAAUGAUGUAAUAAAAAAGCAGGACUUAUUAAUGACUGAUGAAGCGAAACGAAAGGAGUUAUUGAACCUGGAGAAGAUAUACAAAUGUCACGCUUGUAAGAAGCAGUUCUCAUUGAGUUAUUACUUGAAGUUGCAUGUCCGGUCUCAUACAGAUGAAAAGCCCUACACGUGUGACAAAUGCGGCCAAUCAUUCAUAACAGCAAGUAAACUGGGUAGGCACAACAAGCGAAUACAUCUCGCGAUUCACUUCACGUGCAGGAUAUGCUAUAAGAAAUAUUACAGAUUUGAGUUGCUAACCGACCAUUUUGACAAGAAACACGCGGAGGAUAAAUUGGAGGGAGAGCCCUACGACUUCAACGCGAUACUGCCGUACUUGAAGGAGAUCGAAGAACAGCUUCGAGAGAAGCAAGAAAAUGAGAAGCAGACAAAGAUGGAGAGUCUGUGGGACAGCGUGUUCUCUGAUGUCGACCGAGAGAAGACAGGGAGCGGGGAGCAGGGAAAUGCUGGAAGCCAAGGUGGAAAUGUGGUGCAAGAGAAAAUAUCCAAGCAAGGUGACAAAGUUGAGAGUGAAGUGAAGGAAGAGUUGGAGAUCAAGGUGGAGAUUGCCCAAGUGCUGAUGGAUGAAGUAAUUGUCAAAGUGGAACCAGUGGAUGAUGAAUUUAAUGCCUGCGAUCGGAAUUUGGAUGGAGCUAAUGAUGAUGGUGAUGACGGAGCUCACAUAGAUGCUGAUGACUGCUCCAACAACGGUGAUGGUAUUCCGGUAGAUAACAAGGACGACAUAAAGGAAGACGUCAAAGAAGAUGAUGUUAAGGAUGAUGGUUCAUCCGACGAGGACUACUUCCCGGACAACACGUGGACGUCGAAGUUGGGCUCUCCGCCCCCCGCCAACGCACCCCUCCAGUGCCCGGUCUGCAACAAGGUCAUCAACAAACCUUCAUACCUUCGUGUGCAUAUGCGGAUCCACACGGGCGAGAGACCGUACAAGUGCUACAUCUGCGGAGCCGGGUUCAUAACAGCUACCAAGAUGCACAGCCAUGCCAUGACACAUCCGGAAGCUAAAGACGAACUGGUGAAGGUUGAAACGGUCAAGGUUGAGUUUGAGCCGUGCGCGGACGAAAAUGAUAACGACAAGAAGAAGGUGAAGAAGAAAAAGAAAGCGCUGAAAAAGCAAAAGGAGAUUGAGAAGAUACGCAAGAAGAGACCGCACGCGUGCGACUACUGCCAGAAGAGAUUCUUGCACAUGGAGACACUGUUGUCGCACAAGAGGUCCCUGCAUGCCGGUGAGACCAUAAAGCACGUGUGCAAGUUCUGCCUGGAAGAGUCUGAGGAUGCAGCAGCCCUGAAGGAACACGAGAGCACGCACGUGGGGGCCACGCCCUACGUGUGCACGCUAUGCGGGAAGUGCUACAAGAAACGGGAGUCUAUGAUGUACCACAGGAAGAGUCACAAAACUGAGUCCAACUACAUCUGCGACAUCUGCACCAAGUCCUUCAACGCCCAGUGUAAGCUCCAGCGACACCUGCUGAGCCACACCACGGAGAAGUUCAUCCUCAAGUACGAAUGCCCGGUCUGUGCACACAUGUUCAACACCAAGUACCACAUACAGAUGCAUUUGGCUACCCACCAGCGGGAGGGGAUAAUUCACGAAGAAAACCGCAACCAGAUUCUUGCCAUGGUGCUACAGAACGCUCGCAAGAUACCAAAGGAAGGCGAUUCCUCGCUUCUCACAGUCAUACCCACUGACGAACGAAGCCGCGUGUGCAACAUAUGCGGUGAGGUAUUCCAACACUUCUACUAUCUAGAGGAGCACCUCAAAAGCCACGGCUCAAAAAUCGCCAUCGAAAACGUCGAGACAGAGGAGGAAAAAAAGCAUGUAUGCGAAGUGUGCAAUAAAGGCUUCAAACUGCAUUACUAUUUGAAACUGCACAGUUUCACGCACACUAAAGAGAAGCCGUUUAUAUGCCAGCAGUGUGGUAAGGGCUUUAUCACUCGGGGCAAACUGAAGAGGCAUUUGGAGACGCAUUCGGGCCUUAAAAAGUACCAAUGUCACAUUUGCUAUAAGUUCUUCACGAGACCAAGCUAUUUACGGAUACAUGUAAGGACUAUUCAUGGGACACAAGUUAUCAUGAACGACAAAUUUGGUUUGGAAGCAGGGCUUAAUAUGUGAUGUUCAUCCGAAUAAUGAUGGGGCAUUUUUAAAUUUACCCUGUUGCUUGCAGGUGUAUUUUGAGUAUGCCCCGAUUGUUGGCACUUAUUUUAAAAUUACCCCUCGUUUUAAGUGUUUUCAAUUAUUAUUGUUGGAAUUUUAUAGUUGUAAGUUUUAAUAAUAUCAUGAAAAUAUUGUUUUAUGUGAAUAAUAGUAAUAAAACAUCUGGUGUUUUAAUAUCGGGUCCACGUUGUUUAUUGUAGUUUUCUUAUUUGUUAUACCGAACAUUAGAAUCCACCAAAAGGCUUUAAUUUAUUCCCACGCAAGAGUUGUAAAAUAGCACUCCAAUUUUGAUAUCCCUUUUUUGGCCUUAAUUCACUUAUAAAUUCAUCUGUUAAAGUUAAAAAAAAAUGCAUCUUUUUAAGAAAAUUAUUUGCAAUAAGUUAUGUUUGUAUAUUAAUUUCAACUAUUCGUCGUCUCUUUUUGUGAAGAUUUGUGUUUUUAUUCUAUCUAACUUUUAAGUCGAGUAAAUAAGAACAAGUAAUUGCACGCUAAAGUGAAUACAUUCAAUAAUGAAAACAUAAUCUAAUAUAUAAAAUUCUCGUGUCAUGGUGUUAAACUUUGAACUCCUCCGAAACAGCUUGACCGAUUCUCAUGAAAUUUUGAGUGCAUAUUGGGUAGGUCUGAGAAUCGGACAACAUCUAUUUUUCAUCCCCCUAAAUGUUAAGGGUGGUCCACACGAAAUUUGUUUUUUAAUUUUUUUUUAAAUUUGUUUGAUUAUGAGUCAGCAUUAAAAAAUACAUACAACUUCAAAUUUUCACCCAUCUACGAUCAACAGUUACCUUUGUAUCGCGAUUUUAAUAUCGGCAAUACAACGUUUGCUGGGUCAUCUAGUAGGGGAGGUACGUACAAAAUGACAUAUAGUUUAGGUUUUGGGUCAUAACUCUUUAAUGGUAAAUCAGAGCGCAUUCACAUUGCACACCAGUAAUCUUAGGUUUCAUAUCUUUGAAUUAUAAUAGAUACUUAAAAGAUAAACCAACUAGAAAAAAUAAUAAUUUUAAAUUUAACUGAGAUCAACGAAAUCCAUUUUGUCCAUAUGCUGUGGACAAAAUGGCAUACCACAUACGGACUAAAUGAUAUACACGGAAAAAGUUAUAAAAUUAAAGACAAAGCUCGCAAAUGAACCGCUUGGUUCGUUUAGAAACAUUCGCGCAAGAAGCGUGGGCCCAAUGUGAACAUUUUAAACACCGCAACCAGUCUUCUCCAGGUUUUGAUCGCGAAUAAAGAUCGUUGCAAUAAAUACAUGCGCAAUCCUCUUCGUCAUCUUGAGCGUAGUUUGGCAAAUUUUCUUCUUCGCUGUCUUCUUGGAAUAUGGUUUUGGUAACCAUUCGUCUUUUCUUCUCUGAAGGAGCUUUAGGCUCAUUUUUUGCCUUAAUUUCUUUCAUAUUUGGAGUUGAAGUCAAAACUAAAGAGGUUUGCUGUUUCUUUAGCUUACGUUUGCCUUGGCCACUUACGUAAUGUCCUUUUGGGACAGGAGAUAUAACUUCAAUAGGCACUGCUAACGUGUAUAGGAUGAGGGAUGUUUUUCAUUACCAAUAGAUGGGCGAUUUUGAUUUGCAGCAGGUAAAAUAAGGUCUUGACUAGUGUUUGCUGUUGAGUUGUCUGCUGGUUCAGUAGAGUCGGUUGUUUGACCUGUUGUGUCAUUAUUGUCAGGUGUUACGGCGCGGAUUAUUUGUUGCUGAGUUUCAGAAGCUUGGAGAUCGUUCGUUCUGGGAAGUGACAUUAAAUCGUCUAGCUGUUGUGUGGAGGGUCCUGCUAUGGGAACUGGAAUAGGACCUAUUUGCUGAUGAUAUUGCAUAUUGGAGGUGUCUUCCAGUGGUAUGUUUGUAGUCUCUGCAGGUUCGUACAUAUAAUCGGGAAAUAUUUCAGGGUUUAGAGGCCAAAUCCCAGUGCUUUUGAAUCCGUUACAACCAUUUUGCACUGUAGCUGCCUUACCAUAAGCUUCUUUGAACAGGCCAGCAAUUUGAAACUGUGUAACAACACGUCCUGGGUGUUGUUUAAGCCAUUUGGAUGUCUCUUGGUUGAAAUAUGUCUUCAAAGGUGCAAAAAAUGAGACAUCCAAACACUGGAGACGAGGAGUGCAAUGUGGAGGUAGACACAGAAUAAUAAUGCCGUUUUGUUUCGCAUAUUCUAAAGUUUCAAGCCCUUUGUGGCUUGCAUGCCCGUCGACAAUCAAUAUAACUUUAUUGUCAAUCGAUGAUUUCACAAAACUUUGAAAGUGUUGGAGCCAUUUCAGAAAUAAAUCCGUUGUCAUCCAUCCUGAUGGUUGAGCUACACCUAAAGUGCCAGGAGGUGCUUCAUCGACCUAUUAAUUUUUCAUAUUUUUCCUAGAAAAUAUCAUCAUCGGCGGUACAAAGGUACCAAUUGCACUAACACAACAGACAACAGUGGUGUAAGUCCACGUUCUGCGCUAGUUAUUAUGCCAACUUGCUUCCUACUAGUAGUAGCCAAUAUCUUCUGGGGUUUUUGUACAGUAGACAGGCUUGAUUCGUCAGCAUUAUAAAUUCUGUGUGGCCCAAUGUUCUCAGAUUCCAGCAGAUGUCCGUAAAUCUCAAAAAACUUAUUGACUUGAGGUCGAUUAAAAGCCUGAGCACGAGCAGCUGAAGUAGCUUCUGGUUUGCGUAAAGAAAUAUCUUUAUUUCGUCUCAAAUACCCUUCUAACCAUUCUUGUCCAGCUUUUUGUUUUUGCGGGUUAAAUUUGUGUGCAAAACCGUUAUUUUCAGCCAACUCAAAAGCUAAUUCUUGAACAGACGUUCGCGUCAGUCCAAACAAACGAGAUUCAAGUAAUUUCAAAUGCUCAACUAAUUUUCUUUCCACAUCAAGAGCUUUCCAACAUCCUAGACCCUUUGCAGAGGACUCCAAAGUUUUGUUACUAUCCAAAGCAUGUCUUCUUAGAGUUGCUUGUGGUAAUCCAAAUGUCUUCGACGCUAAAAGCCAGCCCAUUUUGUUACUGCGAACUGCUUCCAUAGCUUUACGCAUUGAUUCCUCACUCCAGGAUUGACGAUCAGUCGUCCGCUUAUAAUUACGCGGCAUUAUCUGUAAAGAAAUUAACAGCUGAUUAACGAGAAACAGAUAUUGAGUACCUACAAUUAACUCAUUGAGUUCUUAUGGACAAAACGACAUACCUAUGUCAUUUUGUCCGUUACAUGUGUAUGUCAUUUUGUCCAUAAAGCGUUAUAAAAAAUAAAAAUUCAACAAUAAAUGCAAAAUGAUUAUUAUUUACGGAAAAAACUAUUAGAAGGCAACAAUAAUUAUUUAAGGGAUGUAAUAAAUGUAAACACAAGAUAAUAUUAUGAAAAACAUAACAUUAAUACACAAAAAUCCCUGCAUUAAAUAAAAACUCGUAACUUACCAAUGUUUAUCGUCGGCCAUAACACCCAAACGAAAGAAUGGCGCGAUUUCAGGUUUUGACAGGUUCGUAUUUCCGGCUAGAGUCACGUGAUGAAGUUAUCUAUGGCGGACUAGAAACGUCAGAAUUUGAAAUAUGAUGCCUGUGCCAUUUUGUACGUACCUCCCCUACAUGUAUA